GGAAGUUCCACGUCAGUGGCGAGUGAGCUGUUCUCAGGAAUUGCUGGGACUCCGAUUGCCAUUGACACGUAUCUAGCAUUUCUCUGGUUUUAUUGUGGCAACUCGUCGAUAAAUUAUGCCUCUGCGGCUGGACAUUAAACGGAGGCUGACGGCCCGGUCAGACCGAGUCAAGAGUGUUGAUCUUCAUCCUACUGAGCCAUGGAUGCUCGCCAGUCUUUACAACGGCAGUGUCUGUGUGUGGAACCAUGAGACACAGACCCUGGUGAAGACUUUUGAAGUUUGCGACCUCCCUGUGAGAGCGUCCAAAUUUGUGGCUAGAAAGAACUGGGUGAUCACCGGCGCCGAUGACAUGCAGAUCCGUGUGUUCAACUACAACACAUUGGAGCGUGUCCACAUGUUCGAGGCUCAUUCAGACUACAUACGCUGCAUUGCAGUACACCCAACCCAGCCUUACAUCCUGACUAGUAGUGAUGACAUGCUGAUCAAGCUGUGGGACUGGGACAAAAAGUGGUCAUGCAGCCAGGUUUUCGAAGGUCACACUCACUAUGUCAUGCAGAUCGUGAUCAAUCCAAAAGACAAUAACCAGUUUGCCAGUGCCUCCCUGGACAGAACAAUUAAGGUUUGGCAGCUUGGCUCCUCGGCUCCCAAUUUCACUCUGGAAGGCCAUGAGAAAGGAGUCAAUUGUAUUGACUACUACAGUGGAGGCGACAAGCCUUACCUCAUUUCAGGGGCUGACGAUCGCCAGGUCAAGAUCUGGGACUAUCAGAACAAAACCUGUGUGCAGACUCUGGAGGGCCAUGCCCAAAAUGUCUCAUGCGUGAGCUUUCACCCAGAGCUUCCAAUCAUCAUCACUGGAUCAGAGGAUGGCACGGUUCGUAUCUGGCACUCAAGCACUUACAGACUGGAGAGCACUCUGAACUACGGCAUGGAGCGAGUCUGGUGCGUCUGUGGAUUAAGGGGUUCGAACAAUGUGGCUCUGGGCUACGAUGAAGGCAGCAUCAUAAUCAAGGUUGGUCGUGAGGAGCCAGCCAUGUCUAUGGACACCAAUGGGAAAAUCAUCUGGGCCAAACACAGUGAAAUACAGCAGGCCAACCUGAAGGCCAUGGGAGAUGCCGAGAUCAAGGACGGAGAGAGACUUCCGCUGGCUGUCAAAGACAUGGGCAGCUGUGAAAUCUACCCACAAACAAUUCAACACAAUCCUAAUGGACGAUUUGUUGUGGUCUGUGGUGAUGGAGAGUACAUCAUCUACACAGCUAUGGCUCUGAGGAACAAGAGCUUCGGCUCAGCGCAGGAGUUUGUUUGGGCACAUGACUCCUCUGAAUAUGCAAUCAGAGAAAGUAACAGUAUCGUCAAAAUCUUCAAAAACUUUAAAGAGAAGAAAUCUUUCAAGCCAGACUUCGGAGCUGAAGGUAUCUACGGAGGUUUCCUGCUGGGAGUGAGAUCUGUGAAUGGCCUGGCGUUCUAUGACUGGGAAAACACUGAACUCAUCCGCCGCAUUGAAAUUCAGCCGAAACAUAUCUUCUGGUCUGACUCUGGUGAGCUGGUCUGUAUUGCCACAGAAGAGUCUUUCUUCAUUCUUCGUUAUUUGGCCGAUAAAGUGGCUGCCUCUCAAGAAAACAAUGAAGGAGUGACUGAGGAUGGUAUUGAGGAUGCAUUUGAGGUCCAAGGCGAGAUCCAGGAGAUUGUGAAAACUGGACUGUGGGUGGGCGACUGCUUCAUCUACACCAGCUCAGUGAACAGGCUCAACUACUUUGUAGGAGGCGAGAUUGUCACUAUUGCUCACUUGGACAGAACAAUGUACUUGCUUGGAUACAUUCCCAAGGACGAUCGUCUGUACCUUGGAGACAAGGAGCUCAACAUUGUCAGCUACUCCCUGCUGGUUUCAGUCCUGGAGUACCAGACGGCUGUGAUGAGAAGGGACUUUGGGAUGGCCGACAAGGUUCUUCCUACAAUUCCUAAAGAGCAGCGGACAAGGGUGGCCCAUUUCCUGGAGAAACAGGGCUUCAAGCAGCAGGCGUUGGCUGUGUCGACAGAUCCAGAGCACAGGUUUGAGCUGGCGUUACAGUUGGGAGAGCUGAAGAUCGCUUACCAGCUUGCUGUGGAGGCCGAGUCGGAGCAGAAGUGGAAGCAGUUGGCUGAGUUGGCGAUAAGUAAAUGCCAAUUCGGCCUGGCCCAGGAGUGUCUGCAUCAUGCCCAGGAUUACGGCGGGUUGCUGCUCCUCGCUACUGCUUCCGGGAACGCCACCAUGGUGGGGAAGCUGGCAGAAGGAGCCGAAAGAGAUGGCAAGAACAAUGUUGCCUUCAUGACCUACUUCCUGCAGGGGAAUUUGGAUCAUUGUUUGGAGCUUCUGAUCAGAACCAAUCGUCUGCCUGAAGCUGCAUUUCUGGCUCGGACUUAUCUUCCCAGCCAGGUGUCUCGUGUUGUCAAGUUGUGGAGAGAAAGCCUUGCUAAGGUUAACCAGAAGGCUGCUGACUCUUUAGCCGACCCCACUGAGUAUGAAAAUCUCUUCCCUGGACUUAAAGAAGCUUUUGCUGCGGAACAUUAUCUCAGAGAAUCCUGCCUGGGCACCACGAGACCAGCAACAGAUUACCCUCUUGUCACAGCCAAUGAAGACAGGAAUAUUUUGGAGGAAGCGGAGGGAUACGAGCCCAAAGGAACAUUCCUUCCCGUUGUGACUAAGGUGACAGAGGAGGUUGAAGAGCCCACACCGAUGUCAGCUCCACUUCCGGUUGAGGUCGAGCCUUUGCAACCAGAAGUGUUGAGUCUGCCAGAGACCAAGAAGGAAGUACCAACGCUGUCAGAGCCAGAAAAAGACAAGUCUCUGGAUGACCUGGAGGAGGACCUGGACAACAUGGAGCUGGAUGACAUAGACACCACAGACGUGAACCUUGAUGAUGACUUCCUGGACGAUUAAGAGUGCAUUCCACUUGUACAGUCUUCAGAAACCAUUGUGUACUCAUUGAUGAACCUCUCAUAUUUGACUUCCUGUAUUUUUGGGGGGGGGGUUUGGUUAUACCUUUGUCUCUUGGGGAGAAAAUAAUCCAAUAAACC